AGAAAUUUAGGGUUAGACAAGUAGAUUGCAUUUUUUUUUCUUCGCUGCAUAAUGGAUGAGAGAGGAAGGGAGAGGAUAACGGAAAAUCUAAAUAGGAGAAAUAGGGAACGUGAAAGUAAUUUGGCAAAUUUGAAAGAAUUGAGAAAUCAGGAAGCUUCUGAAUAUGAAGGAUUGGAAUAUUUUGAUCAGGUUUUUGGCACAAAAACCCGAGAAAUUCAGAAGAAUCUGAAUAAUUUGCAACCUGGUGAGAGGACACAGCUCACGGGGACGUUCAAUAAGAUUUUCGGGAGUAUUCAGGAAUUGCAGAAAUAUUUGUCGACAUCUACGAUUUUUCUCACUGAGCGAAAAAUAAAAACUUGUCAGGGAAUUAUAAAUGACUUACAGGCACAGGCUGAGGAGAAGAAGACCAAAUUGAUUCCGAAGAAGAAAUUUGGGUUUAAGUCAUAUACGAAGCCAGAGGUGUUGAUUGAGAAGGAUGGAAGGGGAAAGAAUGGGGCAGGGAAGGAUGAUUUGGAUGGACUGAAGAAGCGUCAGGAGUUCCAGUGGACAGUGAGUGGGAGGAAAAAUCAGGAGAUUUUGCUGGAGAGUGCUGUGACAAAUGGGCAGGAUGUGACGUUGAGUGAUUUGGAAAAUUGCUUGGUGAGGAUUUUUGGGCAUCCGGGAUCGGUGCAGCUGUCCAAAAUGACAAAUUGCGUGAUUUUAACUGGUCCUGUGGCGAGAUCUGUCUUUGCUGAUGAUUGCACAAAUUGCAAAUUUGUCUUUGCAUGUCAGCAAAUGCGUCUCCAUACAUCCCAAUCCUGUGAUAUCUACCUCCAUGUCACGUGUCGGGGCAUCAUUGAGGAUUGCACGGGGAUCCGUAUAGCUGCCUAUUCGUGGUCCUAUCCGGAAAUCCAUCGGGAUUUCCUUCAAGCUGGCCUGGAUAUUGAACGGAAUAAUUGGCAGGAUAUUGCAGACUUCAAUUGGCUGUCGCCGGACCGACCAUCGCCAAAUUGGAAGAAGAUGGACGAAAAGGGGCUCAUUGAGCACUGGGAUGUCUUUCUGGAGCAAUUCCGGAGGGAGAAUUCAAUUAGUCACCAGUAGAAUUUUAUGCACAUUUUGUUGCUGAAUAAAAGAACUUUUAUUAAUUACAAA